GUGAGCCCACCGGCGAACCAGAGAGAGAGGGAGGGAGAGAGAGAGAGAAAGAGAGAGAGAGAGAGAACGAGGGGAAGGGGUGGAGGAGGAAGAUGAUGAUGGCGAGUUCCAAAUACUCAGAUAGCUUGGUGGUGGUGGGCAUCUCCGUGUGUACGGCAUUCCUCUGCGAGGGCAUCUCUUGGCUCCUCAUUUACCGCACCUCCUCCUACAAAUCGCUCCGCUCUUCCAUCGACAAGGCUGCCAAGAAGCUCGAGAUCAUGAAGAACACCUCCUCCUCGGCCUCUUCAUCGGCCUCGUCUGCUUCCACCUCUUCCCUCGCCAAGCGAUCCAAGACCAAGAAGAUCGACCGCGUUGAGACCAGCCUUAAGGAAUCGAGCCGCGACCUCUCCCUCUCCAAGUUCAAGUCUGGCGCCGUUGUGGCCGUCGUCCUGUUUAUCGUCUUCGGUCUCCUCAAUUCCCUCUUCGAGGGGAAGCCCGUCGCGAAGCUUCCGUUUUCCCCCGUGGGCUUUCUCCAGAAGAUGAGUCACCGGGGUCUGGCGGGCGACGACCCCACCGAUUGCUCCAUGGCGUUCCUUUACUUCCUCUGCUCCAUCAGCAUCCGCACCAACCUGCAGAAGUUCCUGGGGUUUGCUCCCCCGCGGGGAGCUGCGAAUACGGGCUUGUUCCCGAUGCCGGAUCCGAAGAGCAAUUGACGGCUUGAUCUCCAAAAUGAGGGAAACCCGUCAAAUUUCUUUGAACAAGUUAUAAAAGGUGGAUCGCAUGUAUACUCCAGAGGAGCAGAAGUAAACUGGAGAAAUUGGCGUCCUGUUCAACUGAAGUCCAUGACUCGAUGGUAGGUAUUCAUGAUUUUUAGGCGUGACCAUAAAUAGCAAGAGCCGACCAUUGUCAGGUCAUACCGUAAACGUUUCUCUUUAGCUGUCUCUAGAAUGCCUACAUCCCCCUGCUAUGGUAUAUGCCUACAUUCUGCCUUAUGAACUCACCUUUAAGGAAGGAUAUGAAUUGUAAGAUGCAGGAUGUUACAGAGUCCGGAUGAAAAUAAACAACUUGAAUAGGAAACGAGCAACAUACAGAAUACGUGAUUCGGCUGAAGGAAAGGCUUCGUCCAUGACGCCUUUCUCUACCCUCACGUUGAAUUGUGAUCAGUAAGUGGAGGCGUGGUACUCUUAUUAAAUAAAUUCAAAUGAUCAUGGGUUUACAAGAGUACAUUUGUUUCUCAGUACAUCUU